AUGGCCGCAUCCACGACAUUUGAGCGGAUCGACGGCCGGACCGUCUUAGCGGGGACCCACGUCUCGGGAGGGGUCCUGAACGUCACCGUCCACGAACCAGAAUCCACACCGCGACACGCCGAACCCUUCUCGACCGUGCCCUUCCUUCCCGAUGCCGACUUCGUCGAGCGUCCAGAUGUUACCGCGUGGCUAGACAAGACCCUCGCGCAGCCUGGCAGCCGCGCCGCCCUUGUCGGCCUGGGAGGUAUCGGCAAGUCUCAGGUAGCGAUCGAGUACGCGCACCGAGUCCGGCAACAAUCGCCGAGUACGUACGUGCUCUGGGUGCACGCGGACACGCAAGCGCGGUUUGAGGAGGCGUAUCGCGGCAUUGCAGACCGACUGCAGCUGCCACAGCGCUAUGAUCCUAAGGUGGAUGUGCUGCAGCUGGUGUAUAACUAG